AUGGAUCAGGACAAGAAAGCUGCGCAAAAUCGACGAAAUCGGUUACGGUACUGGACGAAGAAAUUGACGCCCAAACUCGGAGCGGGGCAUUUUCAAGGAAACGAGGGUUGGCCCGGAAAAAAUGGACCCGAAGCUCGCGACCACUUCUACGACGAGGAACUUGAAAAGGGGGAACAGGACAAAGACAUCGUUGCACACGGAUGGCGAGUGAAAUUUGUUGGCUGCUGCAAGGACCUGAAUACUGAUGUACUCUACGGCGAUGGAUUUCAUCACUUUUCCCUCGAAAAAAUCGGCGGCGGUCCAAAGAUCAAAUGCGAGGCGACUGAAUACUGGUGGUACUACGACCAUGUUGUUGGAUCGGAGAAGACCAAGGUCACCGAAGGUGGCAAGAUCGAGAUGAAAUUGAAGCGGCAAGUUCGAUCCGCUUACGUGGUCGUCAACUGCUGGAUUCUCCCAGAAGAUUCUCCUGUGGCACCAACUGAAGAAUCUUCUGACGAAGAACCCGACCAUGAUGCGGCGAUCGACGUCGACGAGGGGGGCUGCAGCGUUAUGUGA